AUGACAAAAAUGACAGUAAAUGAGUUUUCUGAAUUUGAUAAAAAACUAAAUGAACUGCUUGAAAGAAAACCACCUGGGACUAGUGCCUCAAAAAUAAAAGAUCUAACUAAGAUAGCUUUGAAUAGCCCAAAGCAAUACAAAAAUAUUGUUCACAGUAUACAGAAGUUUAUUCAAAGAUGCCCAUCUGAUUAUAAAUUGGGAGCAUUAUAUGUGUUGGAUUCAAUAUCGCAAACGGCUCAAAAACAAAAAGGACCAGCAAAGACAAAAAAUAGUGAGGACAUCUCAUCAAUUACAUCUACAACUUCUUCAUCUUUUUCUUCAUGGACAGGUGCCGAAUAUCUUGAUAGAUUUGAGAAAUUGUUAGAAGAAACGUUUACACAUAUAAUGCAAUGUCCAGAACAUGACAAGGAUAAAGUGAAACGUGUGCUUGACCUUUGGUAUGACAAAGAGACUUAUAAUAAGGAAACUAUUCAAAGAAUAAAAGACACCCAUUUUAAUCAAACUACUUCACUCACUCAAUUGGUUAAUGAGAUAAAAUCAGUAAAUGUUUCUUCUUCUAAUAAUGAUCCUAAUAACAUGAAUCCAACAACAAUGGAUUCUUCAACAUUAUUGGCCACUUUGAAUAAUCUUGCGCAAGGAACUUUAAACAUCCCACCAUUCCUAUCAUCUAAUCCAACACCCAAUGUAACAAUUCCAUAUAACAACCUUCCUGUCAACUCUAGUCAACUUCCUCAUUCUCACCUGCAUGCAAUUCCACCUCAUCAAAUUCAGCAACAACCGCUAAUUACUUCAUAUGCGACAAAUAUUGCACCACUAUCAACGAAUCCUUCUUUAGCUAAUAUUAAUAAUAACUAUCUAUUUGCAAUGGAACAACAACCAAAUGGUCCUUUUGUGCCACCACCAGGUUAUUCUGCUCCAUCAAUGAUACCUGGUCAUCCAUUAACACCUUCAAUCACUCAUCAGUUGGUAUCUAAACUAGCUCAUAAUGUACAAACAUCAUCAUCGCCACCUGCUGCUGUUACUAGUGCUACCGCUACUAAUACUACUGGUUCUGCUGGCACCGAUCCGUCUCAACAACAACCUGGUCAAAUAUCUGCCCCAAUUCAGCCAAUCCCUCAAAUUUCAGCUGUUAUUCCGGUUACAACAGCUGCCCCAGUUACUCAACCAAUAGUACAUCAAUCAUCAUUGUCAUCGUCGCCAUUACCACAGCAACAACAAACACAAAUACCACAAGAUAUAUGUCUUGUAUAUGAGGAUCCAACUGUUGGAAUGGAAUAUAUCAAAGUUUUAAGUCGAACACUUUAUGUUGGUAGUGUUUCAGAAGAAAUGCCCAAAGAUGUUAUGCAAGAAAUGUUUAUCCAAUUUGGUCCUGUCUCGACUGUUACGAUUAAUUAUGAAAAAAAUCAUGCAUUUAUAAAAAUGGAUACACGCGCAGGAGCAGCUCGCGCACUUAGCAACAUAAGAACAAAAAUGAAGAUUCGUUGGGCAUUGGGAUUUGGUCCUAAAGAUUGUUUUGAUUAUAGGAAUGGUGAAUCCUUGAUUCCAAUUAGUAAAUUGACAGAAACUGAUAAAAAAUGGUUGAUCACUAGUAAACAAGGAGGUACGGGUAGAAGACCUAUUGUUGGUGGAGUGGUAGUAGAAGAACCGGACAUUGUUAUUGGCGAGGGACUAUCAUGCGGAUCCAUUAAUAAAAAAAUAGGAGGACCUGAACGACGUGAAAGAGAUGAUUGA